AUGGCGUCGACAUCUGGUAAAUUCACCCUGGCCUCGGCUUUUGGAGAAGUUCGUCAGGCCCGCAACAUCUCGGCUGUUCUAUCUCGUGUCUGGCAUCAUCGAAUUCCAUUGAAGAUUUCCUUUUUCAUGCUACGAUUAUUGAUGGGCCGGUUGCCUCUGGCAGAGACGCUAUGUAAGCUUGGCUUUCAUAUGCCUUCAAAGUGCCUUUGUUGUCAAAGUCCAUCCUGUGAAUCCAUUGAGCAUCUGUUCUCUAUGGGGCAGGUGGCCCUGGAAGUAUGGAGUUACUUUGGGAGUAUGUGUGGGGUAAUCUGUACAAGGUCCUUAUUGCGUGCUCGAAUGGGUGCGUGGUGGUUCGUUGAGCAGAAAUUGGAAAGGAGGCGAUUCAUUUUUACUAUCCUUCCUAGCCUUAUUUGCUGGCAUAUUUGGAAGGCUAGGAAUAAAGGCGUCUUUGAAGGCAAACCAAUGCGUCCAGCAGUUGUUAUUCAGGCCAUAUUCAGAGAAGCUAAGAUGCUUUUGGAGAUUCAGUUUAAGGGCCAAGUUGGGGCACACACGUUUCAGCAGUUAUAUGAUUGGUCGGGUGUCCCAGUGGGUGGCUUUGGUUUUCAGUUGGUGCGUUGGAUAGGGCCAGAAUUAUGGGUGUUAACGCUCAAUACAGAUGGGUGCUCAAAGGGGAACCCUGGUACGGGUGGUAGCGGUGGUGUCCUGCGCGACUCUUCCGGAAGGUUGCUAUUGGCAUUCUCGGCCUAUCUUGGGGAAACUACCAGUCUACAUGCGGAAACUUCAGCCCUUCUGAUUGGGCUUCGCGAGUGUGCUCAGAGGGGAUUCGGCAAUGUAGGAGUCCAGUUAGAUUCCUUGGUCCUGGUGGGGAUUCUGCAGAAGACGUUCCAGUGUCCUUGGCACAUCCGGAGGGCAGUUUGGCAGAUAUGGCAAUUGCUUGGUGACUCCCCUCGGGUAGCUCAUUGCUACAGGGAGGCGAACAAAGUUGCGGAUAUUUUGUCUAAUGUGGGAGUUUCACACCCUGGACAUCAGGUUAGGGUUUAUGAACACGUAGGACUGAUACCUCAGUUGGUUCGGGGCGCCCUUCGUUUAGAUAGGUUAGGCUUGCCGUCAGUUAGGAAGGUCCGGAUGGCGUAG